CUCGGCCCCGGGGACCAUGGUGGAGUUGGGCCGCGUCCCGGUGCGCGACCCGGGCGCGCUGCUCCCGGAGGGCUUCUGGGCGGCCGUGGCCGUGUGGCUGGAGAGGCCGCAGGUGGCCAACAAGCGGCUGUGCGGCGCCCGCCUCGAGGCCCGCCGGAGCGCCGGGGGCCCGGGGCCGGGGCCGGGGCCGGGGGCCGGGCCGGCUCCGGGCCCGACGGGCGGCGGGCGCGAGCACGAGCACGGGCACGGGCACGGGCGCGGCGGCCGCCGGCGCGGGGAGGCCCACGCUGCGGGCCCCGGCCAGACCCCGCAGGCCGCGGAUCUGGAGGGGCUGUGGGAACGCUUCUCCCAAAGCCUGGCCGAGGACAGUCCGGAGAUGCUGGCCUUCCUCACCGGCCCCGGGGAGGCCUCGCGGCCGCCAGCGCCGGCCCCGCUCCAGCUGGUUCUCAGAACCCUCAUCCCCAAAGCCUGCCCCCAUCGCCUGGCGUCCCCGAGGAGAGAAAUCGUCGUGCAAGAUGUCUCCAGGGGAACUGCAACAUUUUUACCUUUGGGAGAAGACAGUGAGGGGAACUUGAGGGUGCAGAUGAGCAAUGUGUAUCAAAUUCAGCUCAUUCACACCAAAGGAGAAUGGUUCAUAUCUAUUUUAAUUUUCUGUCCAGAGAAAUGGCAUUCAGAUGGAGUUAUACAUCCUAACCCCGCCUGGCUUGCGGAAGAGCUGCUGCCCAGGAUGGCCAGGUGGGCUGUGGAGAACAAGAAGAGGGAAUUUAAGAGCACACUUUCUCUAAUUUCCAUCAUGAACUACAGCAGGACCUACCAGGAGCUUAAAGAGAAGUACAAAGACAUGGUGAAGGUAUGGCCUGAAGUCACAGACCCUGAAAAGUUUGUCUAUGAAGAUGUGGCCAUCGCGACGUACCUGCUGGUCCUGUGGGAAGAGGAAAGAGCUGAGAGGGGGUUGACCGCGAGGCAGUCUUUUGUGGACUUGGGCUGUGGGAAUGGCCUCCUGGUGCACAUCCUGUGCAGCGAAGGGCACCCAGGCAGAGGGAUCGAUGUCCGAAGAAGGAAGAUCUGGGACAUGUAUGGACCCCAGACUCGGCUCGAGGAAGGCGCCAUCACCCCUGACGACAAGACCCUCUUCCCCGGCGUCGACUGGCUGCUGGGCAACCACUCGGACGAGCUCACGCCCUGGGUGCCCGUCAUCGCGGCCAGGUCCUCCUACGACUGCUGCUUCUUUGUUCUCCCCUGCUGCUUCUUUGACUUCGCCGGAAAAUACCGCCGGAGGCAGAGCCAGAAGACGCAGUACCGGGAGUACCUGGACUUCAUCCGGGAGGUGGGGCUCUCGUGCGGCUUCCACGUGCAGGAGGACUGCCUCCGGAUCCCGUCCACCAAGAGGGUGUGUCUCAUCGGGAAGUCCAGGACCUACCCCGCCUCUGGAGAGGCCUGGAUGGACGAGCAGAGGACCCGAUACAUCGACGGCAGGCGCUGCUGCCCCGUGAGCCCGCCCGGCGGUGAGCGCUCCCCCUCUGCACCCCGGGCGGCUUCCGGCAGCGCCGAGAGGGAGGCCGAGGCCGGGCCUGCGGAGCGGGGAGCCGAGGACCCGGCCGCCCGGCCCUGGCUGCCGGGAUUCCGCCCCCGAGAGAGAGCCCCCCGCGUCAGGAACUGCGCCGCCCUCCCUCCGGGCUUCGUGGACCAGGUGGUUUUGCAAGUGGCGGAGUUGCUGUUAGGCGGGAAGAGGCCAAGCUCGGCAAGUCCUCGGGAAGGAAGUUCGGAGGCCUGGAACCCAGGAGAGAGCCUGUCCCUGGCGGAAGUGGCCAGGGCGCUGGACAGGGAGGCCCUGCAGCGGCUGCGGCGGGAGUGCGGGGGUCUGCAGACGCUGCUCAGGAACCGUCACCAGGUGUUUGAAGUUCUGCACGGUCGAGUCCGCAUCCGAGACUGGAGACGAGAGCUGCAGAGGCCGAGCCCCGCCCCCGAGGCCUUCAAGACCCGCCCGUGCUGGUUCUUCACGCACCACCCCGACGGCUGCGCGCUGCCCGCCGCCAGCUGCCCGUUCGCCCACGGGCCCGGGGAGCUGCGGCCGCCCCGGCCUGCCGGGAGACACCGGCCAGCCCGGGGAGCGGCCCGGGGCGCCGGGUCUGCGGGCCACGCUCCCGGGCCGCCGCGUUCCGCCUCCUGUGACCUCUGA